GUUUAGCCGCUGCUGUCAUAUGACCCGGAAGUGUAGCAGAAGAACUUUGGAAUAGCUGCUUUGGAAGGAAAACCCGUGGAAAAUGCUAAAACCUAAAGCGCUCACGCAAGUUCUCAGUCAGGCGAAUUCAGGAGGAGUACAGAGCACGCUCCUUCUCAACAAUGAAGGAGCCUUGCUAGCCUACUCUGGGUACGGAGACAAGGAUGCAUCCGUCACAGCAGCUAUAGCCUGCAAUAUCUGGACGUCCUAUCAGAAAAGUGGAGCACUUGCUUUCAAUGAAGAUAAAUUAGAGUUUGUUUUAUUGGGAUGUGAGGAAGGGAAAGUGGCAAUAACCAGGGUGGCAAACCUGCUGCUGUGCAUGUGUUCAAAGGAAAUUGUGGACUUUGGACUGUUAAAAGCCAAGAUGGAAGCUCUAGCGACAUACCUAGACGAACCCCUUUCUCAAGUGGCAUCCUCCUGACAUCCCUCACACUGAACUCUUGGGAUCACCAACCAGCUAUCUGUCUAUUCACUGUACCGGCAUUUGGCCAGGAGUCUGGAAAUAUUGUCUUUAAAAGAUUCCGACACAUUUCAUAGUGCCAGUAUCCAAGUGACAUUCUUCUGUAUUUCUUAGCAUAUAUUGUUGUACAAUAAUGAUAUCUUCACUUAAUAUUGAUUUUUUUUUUAUGCAAGAAAUAUCAUUGAGAAUGUCAUGUGCCAAUGGAAGUCAGGUACCUGUGAUAAUGACUGAAAGUAAAUGUCUUAAAAUACUUUUGAAGGCAUAUCUGCCCUGUAAUUUAUUUCCAUAUUUUAUCUCCCUUUUGAAGUUUAGCCUGCCCUAGUAGUUAUCAAAACACACUUUAUCUUUCAAUAAUCAUCACGUUCAUAUCAUCAUUUUUAAAAAGCAUUUAACAGGUUUCAUAACCUGACCUGUUGGAAAGAAGUGCAUAUGGGAGUUAUAUAUGGAAUAAUAAAAACACAGAUAUUGACAUUGAUGCUUGGGUAUUAGAUAUACUGUUCAAAUUGAACUAUGUGUAUAUAGUAUGUAUGUUGCUAUUGCUUUUCAAAAGAAUUGAAAUAAAACAAGAAAAAAGCUA